AUGGUCAUCAUAUCACACGACAGGGCUUUCCUAGAUCAGUUGUGUACGAAAAUUGUAGAAACAGAUAUGGGUGUUUCUAGAACAUAUGAAGGGAAUUACUCAGAAUAUGUCAUUGCUAAAGCAGCAUGGGUUGAAACCCAGUUUGCAGCAUGGGAGAAAAAACAAAAAGAGAUAGAACAGACUAGAGAUCUUAUAAGCCGGUUAAGUGCUGGAGCGAAUUCUGGCCGUGCUUCUACUGCUGAGAAGAAGCUGGAGAAACUUCAGGAUGAGGAGCAAGUUGAGAAACCCUUCGUUCGUAAGCAAAUGAAGAUUAGAUUUCCAGAACGUGGUAGAAGUGGGCGAACUGUGGUGUCUGUAGAAAAUCUAGAUUUUGGUUAUGAGGAUAAGGUUCUGUUCAAGAAUGCAAAUUUGACGAUUGAAAGGGGAGAAAAAAUUGCCAUUCUUGGUCCAAAUGGAUGUGGUAAAAGUACAUUUCUUAAACUGAUUAUGGGCAUGGAAACUCCAGACAGUGGUGAGAUUCUGCUCGGAGAACACAAUGUACUGCCGAACUACUUUGAGCAGAAUCAGGCAGAAGCACUUGAUUUGGAUAAAACUGUGCUUGAAACUGUUGCUGAAGUUGCCGAGAAUUGGAGACUUGACGACAUAAAGGGUCUUUUGGGCCGUUGCAACUUUAAGGCUGAUUUGCUCGACAGGAAGGUUUCAUUUCUAAGUGGCGGUGAGAAGUAUUAUUUGGAGAAAAAUCUUGAAGCAAGAGAAAGGGAGCUCGAACGGGAGGCAGAGCUUGAAGACAAAUCUCCGAAAGCCAAAGCUAAAUCCAAGAUGUCCAAGGCCGAAAGGGAAGUUAGGAAGAAACAGAAAAUGCAGUCAUUUCAAGCAGUCAUUUCAAGGAUGAAUGGCCAUUUUGUGGAGCCCAAAAGUAUGAAGUUGUUGUGGGCCGACGGCAUCAACUUUGAGGAAACCAAGAGGCGGUCGCGGCGGAGGCGAAAUGGAGAGGAACGAGAUGAAGAGAAUGUUUUCGGAUAUCGCUACCGCCGGUGGCAGCGGCGGGUGGAGGAGGGGAAGGUAGAGGCGGUGGAAAGUAAGAAUCAAGUGGUGGGGAUGCUGGGUGAAGAUCGAAAUUGGAAUGAGAUUCAUGAGAAUUAUGAACAACUCGACGCCUGGAUCUGA